AUGGAUCCUGUCAGUGCUGCUGGUCUGGCUAUCGGAGUCGCCAGCAUUGGUCUUCAAGUCUAUACUGGGUGUGUUCAAGUAGGAAUACAGCUACUAAUCACAGCCAAGAACUUUCCCGAGGAGUAUAAAUAUCUAAACCUGCGACUCCGUAUGGAGCAGCAACGGCUGUUUGCCUGGAGUGAAACGUCUGGAUUAGCUGAUCUCGGCGGCAAAGGCCAACAAAAAAUACUUGAGACCAAUACUUUCACCCUUCACCGUACGACUGUUUUGGACUUACUUGUUCAAGUGCAGUGCCUCUUCAAAGAAUUUCAGGAUGACCAGAAGCGGUAUCAAAGGCUUCAAUCCGUGACCGGACCUGACGAGUCAUUAGAUAAUCCAGAGCAGGAUGCAUUGGAUGCCAAUGUUCCCUUACCGCAAAGACGGCGGGACUUUAUAAAAAAGGCUAUGUUACAAAUUAAGGAGAAGUCAGCAGAAGGUGCUCUCCGUCUUAGGUGGGCAACUUUCGACAAAGAGGGUUUCGAGAGACUGCUUUCCAAGUUCGCAGUACUCAAUGACAAUAUGACAGACAUUCUCGAUGCUCAAUUACAAGUCGAAAUACAUCAUACUGUUCAGGAUACGAACAGGGGCAUGCUUCAACUACAUCACAAAAUUGCAGAUUUGUCCCGUCUGGUUAUGGCACUUAACUUGAAGCUGGACUCUAGCACUCCGCAGAUACAACCGCCACUAUCAAGUUCACAAAGAGAGGCAAGGGCGAAAGACGCGUCGGGGUUGGAGCAGCUCUCCCAAUUAGCAAAAUUUAAGGCUUUCAACGAGUCAAUUGAGUCUAAUACGUUCGCUUCUCCCGACGAAAAGGCUGCUUCGCAUCUAGAGCUGGGAAACUUAGGCGAGCAGAGGAACCUGAAGUUGAAUGCUCAGAUGAUCGAGAUCAAACUAAACUCAGCGUUAGACGGGUCACAACGUUGCGAGGCGGUCUUGAAAUACGCCAAUGAUACGCGGAAAGAAGUUUGGAUUGAGUGGAAGGAAUAUGACCCACACAUGCCAAACAGUGUUAUGCCUCCGAAGCAGCUUAUUUUGGGAAGGAUCCAAAAACUUGCCGCACUGCUGCAUCAUCGCCCAAAACCUGAAGCAUUUAGGACACCUCAUUGUCUUGGGUUCUUUGACCAAGCAGACUGCAAAGAUGAGGAUAGCGACGAUGAUAUUUCUAAUUUACGACUCGGGCUGGUUUUCGAGCGACCUGAAGAAGACCAAAUUCACAAAGAAAUGCCUCCUGUGAGCCUCCGAGAGCUUUUGGAGCGCGACCCUAAAACAUACCGCAGACCAAGUCUUACAGACAGAAGAAGCCUGGCUCUCGCUGUGAGCAAUUGUGUGCUUAGUCUGCAUUUAGCCAACUGGCUGCACAAAUCUCUGCGGUCCGAUAACAUCAUAUUCUUCCGCACCAGCAAGGGGCACUUGGAUUAUAGCAAGCCAUAUAUCUCCGGCUUUGAUUUUUCCCGGCCGGCCAGGAAAGAUGAGAUGACCGAGAUUGCCGGUGAUGACGUUAUGCACAACCUAUAUCGACACCCGCUAGUACAAAGUACGAAUACUGAUGAGCGACCACGAUUCAAGAAAAGCUUCGACAUUUACAGUAUUGGAGUGCUUCUUGUAGAGAUAGCACACUGGGCGACUGUAGAAGAAAUACUCGGGAUCAAUUUGAAGGUAGCCCGUGGGCGACCGUCGACAAUAGCAAGGGUACGAGACAAGCUGUUAACCGACGAGAUGCGAGAGGAGUUGAGCGGAUAUAUGGGCAAGAUUUACGAGAAAGCAGCACGCCGUUGCAUCGCUGGUGGCAAGUGGCUCAAUUUGCUCGACACUGACGAUGAGACUAAUGAUCAAGUGGCAAACACUUUAUCACUUGCUUUUUACGAAAAUGUUGUCAAGGAGCUGGAAAGUAUAGUAGUGUAG